GACUGUUUUCUCCGCUAAAUUCUCGGUUUGCUUUUACUUUCCUCGUUCAGUGAGAGGACCAAAUAUUGAUUGCAGAGAGUCGCACAUGAACCUCAAACUUCUCUCUCCUUUUUUUUUCAGAGUAAAUCAGAAUCGUUAAAACACGACACCGUCUCAACAGACUUGAAGUUGCUAGCUUCUUCCUCUUGCCCUAACUAAGCUACCCAAUUAGGGUUUUUCUAAGAGAGAUAUCAUUUCACAUAAGUUACCGCUUUUAUUUUCUUGUUCUUUAACUUAGUUCUGUUCUUGGUCUGUUUUAGUUUUUUGUCGGCUUGUGUAACUGAUCACCUUUUCUUUAGGUGUUGGCUCCUCAAAAUCAUGAGUUUUGACUUCUCGAUCUGAGUUCUUUAAUUUUUUUCUCAUCAUCUUUCAAUAUAUCAGCGACAAGGAUCAAGAAUCAAGAAAUAGAUUUUGAGCUGGCGAAUAAACUGUGGUGGGAUAGGGAGUUAGUAGAUGCGGCGGCGAUGGAAGGCGGCUACGAGCAAGGCGGUGGAGCUUCUAGGUACUUUCAUAAUCUCUUCAGACCAGAGAUUCACCACCAACAGCUUCAAACGCAAGGCGGGAUCAAUCUUAUUGACCAGCAUCAUCACCAUCAUCAGCAACAACAACAACAACACCAGCAGCAGCAACAGUCUGAUGAUUCAAAAGAAUCUGAUCACUCAAACAAGAACCAUCAUCAAGAGGGUCGACCCGAUUCAGACCCGGCUACAUCAAGCUCAGCACCUGGAAAACGUCCACGUGGACGUCCACCGGGAUCUAAGAACAAAGCUAAGCCACCGAUCAUAGUGACGCGAGAUAGCCCCAAUGCGCUUAGAUCUCACGUUCUUGAAGUAUCUCCUGGAGCUGACAUAGUUGAGAGUGUGUCCACUUACGCUAGGCGGAGAGGGAGAGGGGUCUCAGUUUUAGGAGGAAACGGCACCGUUUCUAACGUCACUCUUCGUCAGCCAGUCACUCCCGGAAAUAGCGGUGGUGGUGGUGGAGGUGGAGGAGGAGUUGUGACUUUACAUGGAAGGUUUGAGAUUCUUUCCCUAACGGGAACCGUUUUGCCACCACCUGCACCGCCAGGUGCUGGUGGUUUGUCAAUAUUUCUAGCAGGAGGACAAGGUCAGGUGAUUGGGGGAUGCGUUGUGGCUCCGCUUGUUGCAUCAGCUCCGGUUAUACUAAUGGCUGCUUCCUUCUCAAAUGCGGUUUUCGAGAGAUUGCCUAUUGAAGAGGAGGAAGAAGGAGGUGGCGGCGGUGGAGGAGGAGGAGGAGGAGGAGAGGGACCACCGCAGAUGCAGCAAGCUCCAUCAGCAUCUCCGCGGUCGGGAGUGACCGGCCAGGGACAGUUAGGAGGUAAUGUGGGUGGUUAUGGGUUUUCUAGUGAUCCUCAUUUGCUAGGAUGGGGAGCUGGUACGCCUUCAAGACCACCUUUUAAUUAAUUAAGUUAUUGUCAGUGGAAAUUAUGUGUGUUUAAAUCAUUUUGUGAAGUCAUCUUUCAUUUCGGAUCUUUGUUUUUUUUUGGUUUUUAAUAGCUGAUAUGCAUAUUUGAGUUCUCGGUGUUUUUUUUUUUCGUUCUUCUCAUCUUUGGUAAGAUGUUUAGACGUUAGAGGAAUGCAUAUUUGUCUCUCGUGUUAUUUACUUGCUAGAAAAACUUG